UUUCCGCAGAAGGAGAUGGUUUUAAAAAUUAUAGAAACAGCAUCUCCUGGCUCCCGUUUCCCCCUGGAAGGCGCCCAGGACAAGGACGUGGGCAUUAACGGUUUGCAGAACUACAGCCUCGGGCCCAACCCUCAUUUCUCCCUCGCUAUUGGAACAGCAAAAGAUGGAGUAAAAUACCUGGAACUUGUCCUACAGCGUCAGCUAGAUCGUGAAGAGCAGGGAGAGCUGAAUUUACUUCUGACAGCCACCGACGGGGGGUCACCACCCAGGUCCGGCACGGCUCAGGUCCGGAUCGUGGUGCUGGAUGCCAAUGACAACAUUCCUGUCUUCGAAAAGGAGACCUACGAGGUGCGCCUGGCUGAGAACAGCCCCCUGGGGCAGCUGGUGGUCAGGGUCGCUGCCGAGGAUCCCGACGAAGGGUCCAACGGGGAAGUGUAUUAUGCCUUUACCCAGACAUCGGAGCGAUCCCGGCAGCUCUUCCAGCUGAACCCGACCACCGGUGAAAUACGAGUCGCGGGCAAGCUGGAUUUUGAGGAAGCAAAAUCCCACACCAUGAUGGUGAAAGCCACGGACGGCGGAGGGCUGUCUGCGCAUUGCAAAGUGCAGGUGGAGGUCCUGGACGUGAAUGACAACGCCCCGGAGAUAGCGCUCACCUCCCUCAGCGCCUCCAUUCCCGAGGACGCCCCGCCACGCACCGUGGUGGCUCUGUUCAGUGUGCGGGACCGGGACUCCGGGGACAACGGCAGGACGGAGUGUUCCAUCGACGGGGACUUGCCAUUCAGUCUCACCCCCACUUUUGAUAAUUAUUACGAACUGAGAACAAACGCGGCUCUGGACAGGGAGAGGACGGCGGAGUAUAACAUCACCAUCACAGCCACGGACUGGGGCAGGAAGCGGCUGAGCUCUCAGGAAAGCAUCUUCGUGCAGAUAUCCGAUGUGAACGACAACCCCCCAAAGUUCACCCAGGAGAUUUACACCAUGUCUGUCACGGAGAACAACAGCCCCAUGCUCCGGAUCGGCAGCAUGAAGGCCACGGACGCCGACGCAGGAAUAAAUGCCCGUGUGAACUACGCACUGGUGCGGCAGGAGGGCAAAGAGCAGCCCGAAGUGUCAGUCAAUGCUGAAAACGGGGAUGUUUAUAUCCUCCGCCCGCUGGACUACGAGAAGGUGCGCGCCUUCGAGGUGAGAGUGCGCGCAGCCGACGGCGGCUCCCCGCCGCUCAGCGCCCAGGCCGUGCUGCGCAUCGUCGUGCGGGACGAGAACGACAACGCGCCCGUGCUGCUGCACCCGGGCGCCGAGAGCAGCGCGGCCGGAGAGCUGGUGCCGCGCUGGGCACCCUCCGGCUACCUGGUGGCCAAGGUGGUGGCGGUGGACGCGGACGCGGGGCAGAACGCGUGGCUGUCCUACGAGCUGGCCAAGGCCACGGAGCCGGCGCUGUUCCGCGUGGGGCUGCACAGCGGCGAGGUGCGCACGGCGCGGGCCGUGACAGAGAGGGACGCGGCCCGGCAGAGGCUCAUCGUGCUGGUGCGGGACCGCGGGCAGCCGCCGCGCUCUGCCACUGCCACCCUCGCCGUGGCACUGGUGGACGGCUUCUCCGAAGCCCAUUUACGGGUGAGAGAGGAGGCACCGGCCGCCGAGCCCGACGAGCCGCUUACUCUUUACCUGAUCGCCUCGCUGGUCUGCGUGUCGGCGCUGUUCCUCGCCACCGCAGUGACCGCCGUGGUAGUGAAGGUGCGGCGGGCCAGGCGGAGAGAGACGGAGACUUUGCCCACGUUCCCGGCCACUGCCACGGAGAGCAGCGCGGGCUCCCUGCCCCGCAGCUACGUGUACGACGUCUGCUUCGCCGCCGGGACCGUCAACAGCGAGUUCCGUUUCCUCAGGCCGCUCUUCCCCUGCUUCCCCGCCGGGCUGCCCCCCGGCCCGGGCGAGCAGCGGAGCUCGGUGUGCUCGCAGGAUGCGGCCAACCUCGGCGGCGAGGGCGACUGGACUGCGCAGGGCAGUGCUUCCCUCUCUGAAGAUACGGGGCCCAGAGCUGCAGAUGCAGCUGCAAACAGGGAGCUGGAGCUAAAUGUCAGUUCUGAGCAAAACCCUUGGCUCGCCCAUCCUCCCAGCUCCGCUGAUCCCGCGAUUCGGGCGGGCGGGGCUGCACCAUUUCGGGCUGCUCCGCUCGGGGGGCGGCAGGCUGUGUCGGCAGCUCCAUCCAGCUUUCAGGAGAGGAGAUCGGGUCUCUGGAAGGGAAUGAAACCGAGGAAGAGCGAGGAAGCGCUGCCGGGGCGAGCAGGCGCUCUGAUCCUUGUCCUCUGCCUCUCGGGGAUGGGAGCAGAAACCGCUCGGUACUCUGUGCCCGAAGAGGCGGAGAGAGGCUCUUUUGUGGCGAAUAUCGCUAAGGAUUUGGGACUAACCGGUGAGGAAUUACUGGCUCGUCAGGCUCGAGUCGUUCCUGAAGGAGAAAAGCAGUAUUUACAGCUGAACCAGCACACCGGAGAUUUGGUGGUGAGAGAGCAAAUGGACCGGGAAGAGCUGUGUGGACAGAGCGAACCCUGCUUGGUGCGUUUUCAGGUGCUGCUGGAGAGCCCACUGCAGUCCUUCCGAGCUGAGGUAAGACUCACCGACAUAAAUGAUCAUGCUCCUGUGUUCUUAAACAAAGAGAUUGUUUUAAAGAUUUCGGAGUCAACAGUGCCGGGCACUCGGUUUUUGUUGGAAAGCGCUUACGAUCCAGACGUGGGGAAUAAUAGUCUUCAGCAUUAUAGUAUCAGCUCGAACGAGUAUUUCUUUGUCUACACCCGGCGGCGGAGUGAUGGUAGGAAGUAUGCAGAGCUGGUGUUGGAUCGAGCCCUGGAUCGGGAGCGGCAGGCAGAAGUUGCUUUCAGCAUCACGGGUGUGGAUGGUGGGACUCCACCGCGGUCUGGCACAGCUUUAAUCCGCGUGGUAGUCCUGGAUAUAAACGACAACAGCCCAGUAUUUACUCGAAGUCUGUAUAAAGUCUCGGUAAUGGAAAAUAGCUCACAGGACACCGUAGUGGCCGUAGUGUCUGCUAGCGAUUUAGACUUAGGUACAUAUGGAGAAAUCGUCUAUUCCAUAGUUCAAAAUUCAGAGGAAAAUUUCGAGACAUUUAAAAUAAACCCAAAGACAGGUCAGAUUCGACUCAAAAAAGCUUUGGAUUAUGAAGAAACAAAAACCUACGAGAUAGAUGUUCAGGCCUUAGAUGGAGGGGGCCUCUCCACGCAUUGCAAGGUGGAGGUGCAGGUGAAGGACGUGAACGACAAUGCCCCCGAGGUGAUCAUCACCUCGCUCACCAGCACCCUCUCCGAAGCCGCCCCGCCGGACACUGUGGUGGCCCUCUUCAACGUCAGGGAUCGGGACUCGGGGGACAACGGCAGGACGACCUGCGAGCUGAUGGGAGAGCAACCCUUCAGGAUCACUCUGCUGGCAGCCGACGCGUACGCGCUGGUGACAUCAGAGACGCUGGACCGGGAGCAGGUGGAGGAAUACAACAUGACAGUGCGAGCUCGAGACCAGGGCUCCCCCGCCCUCUCGGCAACCAAGACCCUGCUCGUGCGGCUCUUGGAUGUGAACGACAAUGCACCCACCUUCACCCAGGCCAUUUACACCAUGGUGGUGAGCGAAAACGAGCCCGCGGGGAGGAGUCUGGGACGCCUCAGUGCCACGGACCCUGACGCGGGAGAGAACGCCCGUGUCAGAUACUCGCUAGUGCCGCCACUGACAGGCACCCUCGCCGCGGCAUCAUUCGUGUCAGUGGACGCGGAGAGUGGAACUGUCCGGAGUUUGCGCCCGCUGGACUACGAGAAGGUCCCUGCCUUCGAGGUGAGAGUGCGCGCAGCCGACGGCGGCUCCCCGCCGCUCAGCGCCCAGGCCGUGCUGCGCAUCGUCGUGCGGGACGAGAACGACAACGCGCCCGUGCUGCUGCACCCGGGCGCCGAGAGCAGCGCGGCCGGAGAGCUGGUGCCGCGCUGGGCACCCUCCGGCUACCUGGUGGCCAAGGUGGUGGCGGUGGACGCGGACGCGGGGCAGAACGCGUGGCUGUCCUACGAGCUGGCCAAGGCCACGGAGCCGGCGCUGUUCCGCGUGGGGCUGCACAGCGGCGAGGUGCGCACGGCGCGGGCCGUGACAGAGAGGGACGCGGCCCGGCAGAGGCUCAUCGUGCUGGUGCGGGACCGCGGGCAGCCGCCGCGCUCUGCCACUGCCACCCUCGCCGUGGCACUGGUGGACGAUUUCUCCGAUGCCUUCCACCAGCUUGGCCACGAUCCUGCGAGCGGACAGCAGCCGCAGGUGGCCGAAGAGGAAAUGCUCACUACUUACCUCAUCGCCUCGCUGGUCUGCGUCUCGUCCCUUUUCCUCCUGUCCGUCCUUGUCUUAACGGCCAACACUCUCUGCAAAGCUCGCAUUCGGGCAGAGCUUCCUCCUCCCUCUCCCAGCUGCUACGCGGACGGAGAUUUCGCCAGCGACGGCGUGGGCGUGGGCAGCACGGGCACUCUGUCGCCGGCUUACCGCUACGAAAUGUGUAUGACCAGCGGCUCGGGGAGGAGCGAAUUCCGGUUCCUGAGACCCAUCCUGCCCAGCCUUCAUAGCAAUGCUGAGGCGGGGCUGGACAAGGACGAGGAGCCGCUACGCCACUCGCAGUCUGCCUGCGACCGGGAAGCCCAGGCGGGAAGAACGGCCGCUCCUCCCUUUUAGCCGCAGGACUGGCCAGUAGGCGUGCGCGUCCCUACCUGAGCCGUGUUGGAAUGCGAUUCCCUUACCCCCUCUCCUCAGCCUGAGAUUCCCCACCAGUUGUAGUGCCGUUCUCUACUGUUAUAGCCGUAAUCUCCCUAUUUAGCCUCCAGGCCACUUUCUCCUGCCGUGGAAGGCGGCACAGUCCCACCGAGCUCAGCCUCUGCUUCAUGCUUCCCUAGAAAAUCCUUGUGCCGCUCUUGCCGCGGCGUUUCUCGGAGGGUGCAGAGUCGCCUGUCGCUAGACGACAGCGCACCAAACCGCCGGCUCGGGCCAGCAAAGGGCGAGGACGGGCGCGGAGCAACUGCCGGUGGUACUCUGGCGCCAAGACUCCCCCAA